AAUUAUUGCGUUAUUUAUUUGAUAACAAUUUAUUAAUUAAUUAUUUCAUUUUUUUUAAUAAAUAAAAUAUAUAAAUAAAAAUAUAUCAAAAUUAUAUCCAAAAUUAUGGGAUCAGCCAUCACUAUGAGGACAGUAAACUUACGGCACUGGUAUCAGAUCAAUGGUGGCCUACCAAUGAUGAUGAUAGUAGCAGUAGUAUUAGUAUUGUUGUUAACAAUAUCGGUGGACAGGUCUGACCAGUUUGAAUGGAUGAAACCCAUGGAACCGAUGAAACCCAUGGAACCGAUGAAACCGUUUGACAGUCUAUUUCCGCCAAUGAAACCAAUGAAAUAUACGCCAUUGAAACCGAUGGCACCGUUUAUCAAUCCGUUUACUGGCCAACAACAAGGUUUCUCGUUGACAAUGAUGUCGCCCGACGGCAGUCAAAUAACGAAUGUCCAGUCGGGUGGACCGGGACAACAGGCGACCAGUUCGCUGCAGCGAUCGCCCGACGGAUCGGUAGUUCAAUCGUCGCAACAGUCGUCGUCAUCGAUGGGCUAAAAACCUUUAAACCAAAAAAAAAAAAAUCAUAACUAACUGUCCAAUAGAUAGAUAU